UUUCAGUUUCUAACACUUACCAAUUGGUUGAAAAACUUCAACUCAUCAAUCUGAAUCCAAACAUUACUAUGCUUUCUUUUGAUGUUAGCAACCUAUUUACUUCAGUACCCAAAAAUGAAACAAUUAGUCUGGUAAAAACUCUCCUAAUCAAUAAGGUUAUUCAACCCCAUAUCAUUUCUUCGAUAAUAGAUAUUCUACAAAUUUGUCUAUCACAAGAUUUCUUUAUUUUUAACAAUAAUUUCUAUAAACAACCAGAUGGUUUAGCAAUGGGUAGUUGCUUAUCCCCCUUUCUAGCUGAUGUUUUUAUGGAUCAUUUAGAAUCCAAUUAUAUCAUGAAAAAUCCUGAAGUUCUACAUUGGUUCCGUUACGUAGAUGAUUGUCUCGUUUUUGUGGAUGGUCAGCAAGACUCAGCUAAUCACCUUUUAUUCAAAAUCAAUCAAAUCCAUCCCAAUAUCAAAUUUACUAUGGAACUAGAAUCAUCUAAUGCCAUUAAUUUUUUAGACCUUUCCAUUACCAGACUCAACAACCAGUUCAACUUUGGUAUUUACCGCAAGCCUACUCAAACUGAUCAUGUUAUCCAUUCUUCAUCCAACCACCCACUGUCUCAUAAAUAUUCUGCUUUUAGGAGUUUCAUCCAUAGACUACAUACACUACCUCUAUCUACAGCUGAAUUUAACAAGGAACUUAAUAUAAUCAAACAAAUAGCAGUCAACAAUGAUUACAACCCUAAUAUAAUCGACAAGCUCAUCCGGAAAAGAGAAUCCAAUCGUCUUCAGCAACUAGCUUACAAUUCAAACCCAGUCAUCACACCAAUCUAUAGGUCCCUACCUUUUCAUAAUACUGUCAUAUCUGAGAAGAUCAAACACAUUCUCUGUUCUUCGGACAAUGUCCACAUAUCAUUUAAAGUCAAUAACACUCUCAACAAAACAUUAUCUAACACUAAAGAUCCAAUCAACUUUAUGAAUCGUAGUGGUGUUUACAGAUUAUCUUGUUCCGAUUGUGAUGCCUCUUAUGUAGGAAGAACCUAUAGAUCACUGUCUACUAGAGCAGCAGAGCACACUAAACGUGACAAUACAUCAGCUUUCUCUCACCAUCUCAAAGUCAACAAACACCACCUUAACAUCCCAGAUGGUGUGACUUUGAUUCAUAACAUCCAAGAUAAGAAUACCCUUCGUUUAGACCUAUAUGAGGAUUUAGAGAUUGUCAGGGACGCAAGGACAAGUCCAAACUGUGUUAACCGUCAACUUUCUCUUAACCGUGAUUUCACCCCCAUUCAUAGACAAUUAUUUCCAUAAUUCUAUAUUUUUAUUCACCUUCACAUUGGCCUUCUUUCCUAUACAUACCACGACAAACCCAAAAUAAACAAAAAACCCAAACAUUAUACCUAAUCAAAUAUUCUUUUAGUACUUCCAGUUUCUUUCACUCUGUGCUCCUGUCAAGACUCUAUCUCUUCCAUCUCAUUCUUUAAUUAUUUUCACUUAACAAAAUCAUUUUCUCAUUAUAUCAAAAUCACACCAUGGAACCCUUGAUCUUUUCGGAUAUGACAUUCUAAUAUAGACAAUAACCAAAAAUUUUGUUGAAUUUCCAACAUUUUAAUUGAUUCACUCUAUUUUUCAUUUAGAUUAAAAUUAAAAAAUAAAUCUCAGCUAUCAACAUUUAAUAAAUUUACUUAAUAUCAACUUUGGUCAAUACAAUAUUCAAUCUAGAAUUUCAAUAGUUUAAUAUGUGACAUAUUCUUUUUACAUUUAGAGCUUACAAUCAAAAUUAAUUUUCUUCUUUGAUCAAAACAUGUACAUUUCUUUCAGCGCAGUUUUCCUAAUUUAAUAUCAGUCUUUAUCCAUUUAACAAUUCACACAAUUUAAUUUCAAAACAGUAAUUAUAUUUCAUUUAUUUGUCCACUGAACAUAGGCAACUUACCUUAUCACCUUUUUAAUAAUUUUUCUAAAUUUAGAUUUUCAAUAGUUCUAUAUGGGACAAACUCUUUACAUUCAGUCAUAACAAAAUAUUUUUAGAGAAGAUUUCUUGAUUAAGAUAUGUACAUACAUUUUUUCAAUUCCACUUCCCUUUUUUAAUAUCAUUUCCUUUAAUACCUCCAAUAAUUCACAUUACAGAUCUAUAGAUUGGUAUUUUCUCAUUAUAUUCGUUGGUUCCCUGAAACAUAUGCAACCGACCAUUCACUAUUGGCAUUACUUCCAAUUCUACAGCUGCUACUCCAUUAAAAUAUCAUAUUUUGAUAAAAAAAUUUUAAAAAUUUUCUAUAUAAUUUUCAAUAAUAUUCAUUCAUUAUAACUUUGCUCAAAUUAAUAUAAUUAUUAUCAGUCCUAUACAGUAGACAAACAGUCUAUGACGUCACAGCAUAUGAGUAGAAUUUUGCUUUUGUUUACGGUGCACUAAUGAAUAUAUCAUUAUAGCUUAUUAACCUUUAUUUACAAUUUAGAAUUCAUAUCAAACAAAUUUAAUAGUUGCAUAUUCACAAUUGAAUAAUUAAGUUAAAUAUUAAUGCACAUUGUCAAAAAUUUUUCGGUUGACAUUUGAGAAAUCCACCUAUCUUCUUUGACAUCUUGUCAUGAAUUUUCAGGCACCAAUCUGUCUAAUCAGUUGGUUGUUAACCUCUCACCUGAUCACAACCUUGUGCUAAUUCCGAGCAAGGAUGACAUACAUCCACAUGUGAUACAUUUUUAAUCUUAAGACAUCGACUUAUUGUCGAUUACUAUACAGCUCAUAAUGUAGCAAUAAUGUUAUUUUGAGGUUUUACACCUAUUCAAGUGGCUAGUUUCAAUUACUUGUACACUGGACGUUUACACUGAGGAUGGUCAGUUUGACCGAAAACGUUUUGUACAACCACUCCCUUGUGGAUGAAUUUUAAAAUUUUUUAAUAAAUUUAUAAUAUACCUAUAUACAACAGAAGUGUUUACUUCAUUCUACGUUGUCUUAACAAAGGUAUACAGCCAACUACAGGGUUUACCCUUUUAAUGUUUUAUUUAAUGACGAUAUGGUCAACUUGGCUCUUAAGUACUUGCGGCUAGCUACAAAGAGGAACAACACUAAAUUGGAUAUAUGGUUCAUAUCUCAAUGCCUUAAUCACAAAGUCAUUCCAAAUUUUUGCAGAGUAAAAACAUCAAAAAAUGUACCUCCAAACAUCAGGAGCUCACUACAAGUUAAAUUAAUGAAGAAGGAGAUAUGUAACCACUAUGGAAAAUUAAACUACCUCAACUGUCAACUUAAGGUAAUGUAUGAUUCUUUGCUCGAAAUAAUAGGUUUUAUCAAUAUUAAUAACUUUAUGUCAGAUGUUCAGGAUAAGGUGGAGAUUUCUAAUUCAAUUAAAUUUAAUAGAGUUAAUAACAAAUUAAUUAAACUUAUUCAAGCCAAAACUUUGCUCGAUCAAGCUUCAGAUGUCAGAGAUGUCAGAAAGUUUUCAGAUUUCAAAUUCCAUCCCCGUAUAAAGAACCUCACCAACAUUAAUUUUUCCAAAGACGAAAUACAAUUGCUCAACUACGGUCUUAAACACUCAGUCCCCAAAGAUUUUUCAAUCAAAGAUAUAGAGAACCUUUCUAUCGAGACAGACAUAGUUAUCGAAAAUCUCUCCGUAACCCUUUCAGACAGAACAUCUAUCAGAAACUCUUGUUACCGCUUUCUCAACAAAUUCAAAACUAAAAUUGAUUCUUCCAAUAACUCUUCUUUCUCACAUAGUCUUUCUUCCAAAAAAGCCAACUCUUUUCUUAAGUCAUUAAAAU